GGCGUGGUGGUAGCCUGAGAUGGGUUGGGCUAAAGUGGGCUGGGCUGGCCUUGCUCCUGCGCGAUCACAGCUGAGGGCUGAGGGCAAACUGGGACUAAAGAGCAGAAUCCUCUGGCUUAACUAAGGGCUUUGGCGACAAGAUGCAGGAUCCCAAUGCAGACACCGAGUGGAAUGACAUCUUGCGCAAGAAAGGGAUAUUGCCUCCAAAAGAAAGUUUGAAAGAACUGGAAAAGAAGAGGGAAGAGGAGGAAGAGAAUCACAUCCUUCAGCAGUCAAUAGUAAAAACAUAUGAAGAUAUGACUUUAGAAGAACUAGAAGAAAAUGAAGAUGAAUUUAAUGAGGAAGAUGAGCGUGCUAUUGAAAUGUACAGGCAACAAAGGCUUGCAGAAUGGAAAGCAACUCAAUUAAAGAACAAAUUUGGAGAAGUUUUGGAGAUAUCAGGCAAAGAUUAUGUUCAAGAAGUUACCAAAGCUGGCAAAGGCUUGUGGGUAAUUUUGCACCUUUACAAACCAGGAAUCCCUCUCUGUACACUUAUAAACCAGCACUUUAGUGGACUUGCAAGGAAGUUUCCUGAUGUGAAAUUUAUCAAAGCUAUCUCAACGACUUGUAUACCCAACUAUCCUGAUAGGAAUCUGCCCACAAUAUUUGUCUACCUUGAGGGUGAUAUCAAAGCCCAAUUUAUUGGUCCUCUAGUAUUUGGUGGCAUGAAUCUGAAAAGGGAUGAACUAGAGUGGAAACUUUCUGAAUCUGGAGCUAUCAAAACUGAACUGGAGGAAAAUCCUAAGAAACAGAUUGAAGAUAAAUUGAUGUCCUCAGUCAGGUGCUCUCUCCCAACAAAGAAAGAAAGUGAUUCAGAGGAUGACUAAUUUCCUUAUUUUUGUAUGUCUUCGCUGAACUUUCUUGGAAUGGAGAACAUAUCUAAGAAUUUUUUAAACUUAAAAACAAAUAAAAUGCUUUUAUUAGAAAAAAAUUUUUUUAACCUUUUAAAAAAUUAAGCUUAAAAUCUAUUAUGUCUCAGAAAUAAUGGAUACUGGAUUUCUUAUGACACAUAGUAUCCAAGGUUUUUUAAAGUAAAUUACAAAAUAAUAUAUUGUGGUAAAUAAUUUCAAAUAAUUUCUCACUUAUGUUUUAUAGCAAAUAUAAUUAAGUGUAUAUUUAUUUCCAUGCAAUUAUGCUAUAAAAUGAAUUUGGGGAAUUUUUUUUCUUAUUUGUGAAUAAAUUACACAGCACAUUUUAUCCAUUGGACUUUGUGAACAUGCUAUGGGUUAUUCAUUUCCUUUAUUGUUUGUAACAAGGAAACCUUAAAGAUUUGAUCUUUAUAAGAAUAUAUGAUGCUUUCCUCUAGAUAGAGGUCUUUGAUCUAAAAUCUCUUUGCAGCUUAUUGUGGAAGUUUUAUUGCCGGACAUGAAGGUUGAAUAUGGUUUUUUUACCUGCGUCAUUACCCAUGCCUUUUCUUUUCCAUGCUCAGAACAAUUUUGUUGGGAAUUUAUCUUUAGACAUUCAUCAAACCGAAGCUCUAAUCAGCAUUUAACAUAGUCAUAGAAUUAAAUGGAGAUAAGAAAUUGAAUGAGGGGCCUUUUAAUGUUCCCUGUACUCAUGAUAACUAAAGAUUAGAAAAACAAUUCCUUUUUCA